AUGUCUGAGCAGGAAAGUACCUGCACAAAGUCAUCUGUUAGCAUUCAAAACAUUGAAAAGACACCAAAGGCUGAUGUGUCUUUGCGAUCAUGUCGCAAUUACUUGUCAACAAGGCUUUCCACAUUACUAAGUAUCCCUGCAAGUAAAGGGAAAAAUGGAAUUAAGACAUUUAAUCUAAAGAAAGCAAUAACAUCAAUGAGUUUACAUCACUGGAAUUUAUUUUGGCAUGGGUUUUGGGCUUGGACAGUGGAUUCUAUGGAUUUCUUUUGUGUUUCUAUCAGUGUUUCCGAUAUUGCCAAGGAUUUAAACACAGAUGUUACAAGCAUUACAUGGGGAAUUACAUUGGUUUUAAUGCUCAGGUCAGUUGGGUCUAUUAUAUUUGGUUAUUGCGGUGAUAGGUGGGGAAGAAAAUGGCCAUUGUGUGUUUGUUACUUGCUCUUUACUAUCCUUGAAAUUGCUACUGGGUUUGUCAAGACGUUGAAUCAAUUUCUUGCAAUUAGAUCAUUAUUUGGUAUUGCAAUGGGUGGUUGUUAUGGAUUAGCCGCAGCAACAUCAUUAGAAGAUGCACCUCAAGUUUCCAGAGGAUUUUUGAGUGGAAUCUUUCUUCCGGGCUACAGUUUGGGGUAUGUUCUUGCUACUGCUUUUUAUAGAGGAUUUGAGACCACGCAAUUCACUUGGAAGGCAUUAUUUUGGUUUUCUGCCGGGCCACCAUUUCUUCUGUUAAUAUGGAGGUUAUCGUUUGGUGAAUUGGAAUAUUUUAAAGAUCUUUAUGAGGCUAAACAAUUGCAUAACCAAAGAGUCAAAGAAGCCAUCAAAGCUCGUGAGCUUGGAAUUUCCACAGAUGAUAAUGAAGAAGAUUUGAGGGAAAUUACUUUUUGGUCCGAAUUAAAGGAAACAUUUAGAGCAGAGUGGCCAAUGUUGAUUUAUUUGAUAUUGAUGCUGUCCGGUACAAAUUUCAUGUCUCAUGGUUCUCAGGAUUUGUUCCCAACAAUGCUCAAAAAGCAGGCCAAGCUUUCUAGGAAUGCUUUAACAAUUACUAAUGUUGUUGUCAAUCUUGGUGGUUGCUUUGGUGGCAUCUUUUGGGGUCAGAUUUCAGAAUUUCUUGGUCGUCGUCUUGCCGUCAUACUUUGUGCAAUCUGUGGAGGAGCGUUUCUUUACCCCACAUUUUUUAAACACUCAGAAGCUUACAUCAUUCCAUGUGGAUUUCUUCUUCAGUUUGCUGUGAUGGGAGCUUGGGGUAUUAUACCAAUUCAUCUUACCGAGCUCACUUCAAAAAGUUCCCUUAGAACAAUGAUUUCAGGUACUGCUUAUCAACUCGGAAAUUUAGCUUCAUCGGCAUCAUCCACAAUUGAAUCAAAGAUUGGUUCUCGCUUUCCCCUUAAAGAAUCAGGAGAUGAUGCAUAUGAUUAUGGUAAAGUCAUGUGCAUUUUUAUGGGCUGUGUGUUUGGCUAUUUAAUUAUAGUUUUGUUUUUGGGACCGGAACGUUUCCAUACUUCCAUAAAAACAGAUUUUAUGUUGGAGGAAGAGGAUGUUGACAGUAAUUACGAACUUGAUAGAGUUCUUUCACCUGUUUCGCGCAGUCACUUCGAAGGAAAAAUUCGGGUGAUUCAUAAGGAGUGA